AUGGCCAGCUUGCUCCGUCGGCCAGGCAAUCUCGCUAACUACUCGAGGAAAGCCGCGGAAUUCACCGGUCGCACGGGACUAGCCUCUGUGCGUGCACAACAAUCAAGACUCUCAUCUCUUAUAUCACACCGCGCUAGAACCUACUCCACGCAAGGUCCCGGUCGCCCGACACCAGACAACAAGGAUGGACACAACGAUCAGAACGAGGCACAGAAGCCUAAGUCUGUUCUGAGUGAUUCGGAAUUGAAACGCGUGGAUGAAUGGCUGGAGGGUAUGGAUGAGGUGCGACGCACCCAGGUUCGGUCCUGGCUCAUGAAGAAUGGUCUUCCCGAGGAAGUAAAGCAGCACCUCGACCCGAACCACCCCCCAACCUUGAUGGACCGUGUUAGGAUGAUGCGAUUCUUGUGGAACGUUACGACCUCGGACGAAACAAUCGCCAAGCUACAAGAGAAGGACAAGCAGGACGGUAAUUCGUUCAGCUUCUUCUCUGAUAAGCCGCAGAGACAGGACCAAGAACCGAAUAAGGAAAACAACCAACAACCUAGUGGACAAUCGCCAAAGGACCCCAAGGAGGAUAAAGACUCCAAGAACAAUGCCCCUAAGAAGGAGGAGCAAGGAAAGAAAAAGCAGGACGACAAGAAGGGCAAGGUGCCCCCGAACAUGGGCAAGGUCUUCGAGUUCCGUUUCGAUCCCGCUUCUUUCUUGAUUACCUCUCUUAUCACAUACUACGCCUACCGCAGCAUCUUCCCCGGCGAGUCUGCCGGCAGGGAAAUCACCUGGCAAGAAUUCCGAGCGGACUACCUGGAAAAGGGCCUCGUUGAGCGACUGACCGUCGUGAACCGUAACAAGGUUCGCGUCGAUCUCAGACGUGAAGCUGCUGCUCAGGUCGAUGCAAAUGGUCAAUCCGCUACCAGUGUCUUCUUCAGUAUUGGUUCUGUGGACAGCUUUGAGAUGAAACUCGAGGCUGCGCAGUAUGAACUAGAGAUUCCAUCCGAUGAACGUAUCCCUGUCGCCUAUCACGAUGAAACCCCCUGGGGUGGUGUCUUGAUGUCCUUUGCUCCUACUGUACUCUUCCUUGCUGGUAUCUUCUGGAUGUCGCGCCGUGCUGGUGGUGGCGGCGGCGGCCAGAGUGGAAUUUUUGGCAUUGGAAAGAGUCGCGCCAAACGCUUCAACCACGAGACCGACAUUAAGACAAAGCCCCCCGGUACUGGUAAAACACUGCUCGCAAAGGCCACCGCUGGUGAAUCUGGCGUGCCCUUCUACAGCGUCAGUGGUUCCGAAUUCGUCGAAAUGUUUGUCGGUGUUGGUCCGUCUCGUGUCCGCGAUCUGUUCGCCAAUGCCCGCAAGAACACUCCCUGUAUCAUCUUCAUUGAUGAAAUUGAUGCUAUUGGAAAAUCCCGCGCCAAGUCCAACGUUGGUGGCGGAAACGAUGAGCGUGAAAGUACCCUCAACCAGAUUCUCACCGAAAUGGAUGGUUUCAAUACCUCCGAACAGGUCGUCGUUCUGGCCGGUACCAACCGACCGGAUGUGCUCGACAAGGCUUUGAUGCGUCCUGGACGUUUCGACCGACACAUUUCCAUCGACCGUCCUACCAUGGACGGCCGUAAGCAGAUCUUCCGCGUUUACUUGAAGAAGAUUGUCACCGAUGAGAACCUGGAGUACAUGGAAGGCAGACUCGCAGCUUUGACUCCUGGAUUUGCUGGUGCUGAUAUCGCUAACUGUGUCAACGAGGCAGCUCUUGUUGCUGCUCGUGAGAACGCCGACAAGGUCAUCAUGAGACACUUUGAGCAAGCUAUCGAGCGUGUGAUUGGUGGUUUGGAGAAGAAGUCCCUUGUGCUCUCCCCCGAGGAGAAGCGCACUGUCGCCUACCACGAGGCCGGUCACGCCAUUUGCGGUUGGUACUUCAAGUGGGCCGACCCACUUCUCAAGGUCUCCAUCAUUCCUCGCGGACAAGGUGCCCUGGGCUACGCUCAAUAUCUUCCCGCAGGCGGUGACACUUACCUGAUGAAUGUCAACCAAAUGAUGGACCGCAUGGCCAUGACCCUGGGUGGUCGUGUCAGUGAGGAGCUUCACUUCGACACCGUGACCAGCGGUGCCAGUGACGACUUCAACAAGGUUACUCGCAUGGCUACUGCAAUGGUCACCAAGUUCGGCAUGUCCUCCAAGCUUGGAUACAUCUACUACGAGGAUGACGCGCAACAACAGCUUCACAAGCCCUUCUCCGAAGAUACCGCCCGCUCUAUCGACCUCGAGGUGCGCCGUAUCAUCGAAGAAGCUCACACUCAGUGCCGCGAACUUCUGACCGAGAAGCGGAAGGAGCUUGGUAUCGUUGCUGAGGAGCUUUUGUCCAAGGAGGUCCUAGGCCGUGACGACCUCAUUCGUCUCCUUGGCCCUCGUCCUUACCCCGAGUCCGGCGAAUUCGCCAAGUACUUCGACGGUAAGGGUGGACAGACCAUUGCCCCGCCUGACCACCAGGGUCCUGAGCAGACUUCUGGCAAGGAUGGCCGGGACGAGACUCCUCUUCCUCCUUUAUAG